AUGAGUUUAAAUGGAGAUAUAGAUACUAAAAGCUUAAUUGAAGAAAGAGACAUAUGGAAGAAGAAGUUUGAGAAAAUUGAGUUGGAGAAUUCAAUCUUAAAGAAAAAAUUAGAAGAUUAUAUAACAAAUUAUGAAAAUAAAAAUGUUGAAGUAGAAAAUUUUACAAAAAUAAAAACGGAUAUGUUAAUGAAAUAUAAAUAUAUGGACAAUAAGUGUGAAUACUUAAAUAUAAAAGUAAGCAUAUUAACUUUAGAAAAAGAAGAAGAAAUGAAAAAAAAUAAUGAAAUGCAAAAAAUUAUUAAUAAACAAAAAAAAGAAAUUGAGGGAUACAAAAAAAUAUUAGAAAAAUUGAAAAGUAUGAAUAUAUCAUUUAAAAAAAGAAAAAAUGAAGCAGAAAAUAAAAUUUGCUUUAUGAUAGAUAAUGAUUUAUUAAUAAAGAACGAUAACAUUUUAUUAAAAGAAAUAAUAAAAGUAAAUGAUAGAUUAAAUGAUAUAAAUAAUAAAGUAAAUGAAAAAAUGAAAGGAGAAUUAGAAAAAACGAAAAAGAAAUUACAUAUAGCUAAUGACAAAAUUAAAAAAUUUCAUGAUGCUUUUAUUAACAUAAGUAAUAAUUAUUUGAAACAUAAAGGAGAAAAGGAAAAAAAGUUAUUAGUAACCUUAAAAGUUAAUGAAGAAUUAAGAGAAGAAUUAGAAAAGAAAAAAUCUAUAGAAAAAUUUAAUAUAGAAUGUAAGGCCAAAUUAGAAGAAUAUAAUGCAAAAAAUACUUUAUUAAAUUAUUAUGAAAUAAAAUAUAAAGUAAAUGAUAGAAGCAAAAAUAGAAUCUUAAGAUACAUUAAUUUAAUAUCAAAUAAUUGUAAAAUGGAAGAAAAUGGUAAUUCAGAUGAAACCAAUAAAAAUAUUUUUUUAUAUGACCUAUAUAAUAUGUAUGAUAAAAAUGAUAAAAAUUAUGAGGAACAAAUUAAUUUAUUGAAAAAAAAAAUAUUGGAUGAAGAUAAUUUCCAUCAAAUGAAUAAAAAAAAAUAUAAUACGCUUAUAAAUACCUCAUCAUUUCAAAAUAAAGAAAAUAGUGAAAAUAGUUUAGAGGCAUUUAUUCUUAAUAAUUUAUACUCAUCAAAUAUUAUAGAAAUACUACAUUAUAAUAUUAAAAUAGUAAAUGAUAUUUUAGAAUGCUUUAAUAUAACACUGUUACUUCUUUCUUACAUAUAUGAUACUUAUUUAAAAGAAAUAAUAAAUAACAUUAACAAUAGUUCUUAUUUACAAUCAUUAGAAAAAAGCAAUAUCAGAUUUGUCAUUUAUUUUUUUAUAACUUUAUCGAGCUUUUUGUUGUCUACAUUAAAAUAUAUUUAUAUUAUAAAAAACUCGGAUAGUAAUGAUUAUUUAAAAUUACUAUGUAACGAGAGAAUUUUUCAUAUAUUUUAUUUAAGCAAAUAUAUUUUAGAAGAAUAUGUUGAGAAAAUUAAAAUAAAACUAUUUUCUUCAAAUAUAGACUAUUCUACAUUAGUAUUUUUAAGUGAUCAAUUAAACAAUUUAUAUAAUUUUAUAUUUGCUCAAAAUAUGGCAUACAAUGAAAACAAUGAAGAAGGAAAUGAAGAAAAAUAUCAAACAAUAAAUGAUAGCAACAACAGCAUAAAAUCUAACAGCGAGGCAGGAACAAAUAAAGAUAUUAUGAGUAAUACAAGAAAUGAAAAAAAAAAAGAUGAAAGUCAAAAGGACAAGAAAAUAUUAGAAUCAGAUGAAGAAAAAAAUAUAUCAUCAUUUGAAUUGUUUUGCUUUUUAAAUUUUGUCAUUGCUACUAGUAUUCAUCUGAUGAACGAUAAAGAUAUAUUAUUUGAUUCAUUUAAUGAUAUAGACAUGGACAUACAAAAGGAAAUACUAAUAAAGUGUGAUUAUGUUCUAAAAUUAAUUAAAAUUCCCCCAAAAGUUUUUAGUUUCUAUUUUUGUAUAAAAAGAUACAAUUUUUCAUUUGAAAACUUUCUAGAAUGGGUUACAAACUACAAAAGUUUAAUAAUAGAUGAUAUCAAUAGUAAUAAUAAUAAAGAAAGAUCAAAAAAUCCAACUUCAUUUAUAAAUGAAUUAAGUAAAAAUAUUUUAAAUGAAUUAAAUACUAUAUCAGACAGAACUAAUAUCUAUUAUAUGAAUGGACAAGAAACAAAAGAAUUAUAUAUUUAUGAUAUAUGCAAUAAAUAUAUAGAUAUGUACAAUAAUAUUAUAUCAAAAAAAAAUAAAAAUUUAAUAGAAAAAAAAGUUAUAAAAGAAAAAGAUGAUGUUAUAAAAAAAUUAGAAGAAAAUAUAACUGAUUAUGAAAAUAAAAUACAUUUAAUGAACAAAAAAAUUAAUAUGUUAACUGUAAAAGAAGAAAAAUGCAAUAAAAUGCAAAUUGAUUUAGAUAUUUUAAAGAAAGAAAAAAACGAAUAUUUAAAUAUCAUUAACGAUUUACGAAAAAGUAAAAAUGAAAGUGUAAAUGAAAUUGCAUAUAUUACUAAGCAUUAUAAUGAAACAAAAAAUAAGUACACUGAACUUUUAAAAGGUUUUGAACCCAAAAGAAAAUAUUUAAAUGGUAAUAAAAAUAAUGAGCAAUUUAACAUAGAUACCUAUUAUAUGAAAAAAAUUAUAAAUAAUUUAUAUUACGAAAAUUUCCUGAUAAAAAUAAAUAAAAAUUAUCAUUUGUUUGAUGAAAAAAUUAACUAUUAUAACAAUUUAUACAAUAAUUAUUCAACAAUUAAUUUUCUUUAUGAAGAUGAAAACUAUGAAAAUAAUAAAUGGAAAAUAAAAAAUACAAAUGAUAAAAAUACAAUUAAAAAGGAAGAUGAAACAAAUAUAAUGCUUAAUAAGAUUUUUGGUGAUGAAAUUUAUUUUAUCAACAAAAAUCACAAAGUAUUAUUUGAUGAUAUAUAUAACUGUGAAUUAAUUAAAAGUAGAUUAGCUAAACAUAAAACAGACUACUUUAAAAAUAAGUUAUAUCAGACUACUUUAUGUAAUUCUUUAUCUAAUGAAGAAAAGAAAUACAUUGAAAUAGUAGACAUAAUUGAAAACUAUAAAAAUUUAAAAAAUAAAAUAUUAAAAGAAAUAUUAAAUAUGUCUAUUAAUCAUAACACUGAUAUCCAAAUGAAAAAUCAUCAAAAAAGUUCAGAGCAUUUACAUCGUAAAUUAUCAGAACUAAAAAGUGUAAUAAAAAAAUUUUAUAUUAAUAAUAAUUUAAGAAAUUUAUAUAAAAAUCUUCCUCAUUUAGAACAUAUACUAAAUAUAACCGUAGGAGAAAAAAGUAAUAAAGAAGAAAAUUAUGAAAAAAUAGGCAACAUCUCUAAUAAAAAUUUAAAUAAAAAAACAUAUUUACAUAGUGACAAAGUAAUCUUAAAUAAUCAUUCAUUAUCAUAUUUAAUUCAAAAUAUAUUUAAUUUAUAA